GAACCAUCAGGAAAAGCCACAGAGCCCCCCGGUUGGUUCAUUUGGGUGGAUUUAUCUGAAAUUCCAGAGGAACAGGCCUCUGGUUUUCAUCAGUAUGGACUUACCUGAAUUGUGGGUGGUCAAAAUGGGUAUGAAGAGGGAAAUCCAUGCUACAGCACAUUCUGCGACUAUCCUUGAUGACGGAUUACUAAACUAAGCUUCUGGAUUACAACAUUUCUGUUGAAGAUCUUCAAGAAUUUCAACAUCGGGAAAGAAAACACUUCAAAUCGUACAACAGCAGGCAAUCAUAGUUAAGAAGAAAACUAACUUGUUGUGAAUAUAUCCCUAUUUCAUUAGAUAACUAAAAACAUGGCUUUGAUGCCUGUAAAAUUUGACUUGGCCAAGCGAGUCAAGCUGGCCCAAGGACUUUGGCUACUGUACUGGCUUUCUGUCAUGGCUGGGAUCCUCAUCUUCAGCACGGGCAUCUUCUUAAAGAUCGAGCUGCGCAAAAGAAGCGAGAUGAUGGAUAACAACGAGAGCCAUUUUGUACCCAACCUUCUCAUUCUGGUGGGACUUGUGGCUUGCGGUGUCAAUACUUUUGGGGGGAAAGUGUGCCAUGAUUCCCUUGACACAGUCAAGUUCACCAAAUGGAAAACUAUGCUGAAGGCCUACAUGAGUGGAUGUGUGAUUUUCUGCAUCGUCCUCUUUGUCACGGCUCUGCUGUGUUUCCUGAUGCAGAUUUCCCUGCACUUUGCCCUGGCUGAAGGCCUGAAGAAUGGAAUGAAGUAUUACAAAGACACCGACACACCAGGACGGUGCUUCAUGAAGAGAACCCUGGAUAUGACCCAGAUUGAGUUCCGCUGCUGUGGCAACAACAACUACAAGGAUUGGUUUGAGAUCCAGUGGAUUAGCAACCGUUACUUGGACUUCAGCAAUGAUGAAAUUAAAGACCGUGUCCAGAGCAAUGUGGAAGGCAAAUUCUUAAUGGACAGCGUUCCGUUCAGCUGCUGCAACCCUGGCUCCCCUCGGCCCUGCAUCCAACACCACCUGACCAACAACUCCGCUCACUACAGCUACGACCACCACACCGAGGACCUAAACGUCUGGACCAGAGGUUGUCGUGAGGCCCUGGUGUCCUAUUAUGGGGGCAUGAUGAACAGUAUUGGCGCUUUUGUGCUGCUGUUCAUUAUUAUGCAGGCUGUCGUGACUGUCGGCUUGCAGUACCUGAGUACCUCACUGGAAACCCUGACAGACCCAGAGAAUCCCGAGAGCGAAAGUGAGGGUUGGCUGCUGGAGAAGAGUCUGAAGGAGACACUUUCAGAUCUCAUGACCAAGAUCAAGUCUCCGUUUAAAGGCAGUCAGGUGGAGGAGGGAGAUGCAGAAGCAGCUCCUACAUAAAGCGAAGAGAGCCAUGUCCCCCCCCUCCCGACCCAACAUAUCUGUGGCCACUCCUGCUUCUGGGAGAAGGAAUGCAUGACAGGUUGAUUAAAAUGUUCUCUCUUGAAAUGUACAGGUACACACGCACCUGCGUUUUAACGAGAUACCAACUGAUUUGUGAAUGUACACGCUACAAUGUAAAUACAAAUUAUCACAUUUAUUUUUUAUUGUUUUAAAACUGAAAUAUAUCUCAAAAAUGCCCUGGAUUUAUGUUAGCCAUAUCUAACAUGUCAACCAAACAAUUCAUCUAUUGAAGUAUAAUGUUUGACCCUUUCCAGUUGGUGGUUGAGUGGAUGUUUAACCCGACGGCCUCACACAUGCAUUUAUUUCCCAUGAUAAUCACCAAAAAGCCAUUAGGCUCUACCAAAUAAGCAAGUUCUUCUUGUGAAGAGGUCACGCGGCAGCUUUGAAUCGGCAGCUGAGGGAAAUGUGUUUUUGUAAAUGUUCAGUCACCUCCAAGACCUUAAAGGGACGGAAACAGUGGCACACCCUGACUUUUACACAAAGCUGCCUUUGACGGGCCUUAGGUUGUCUGACGUUUUUCAAAAGCAUGUUGAUGGUGAUCUACUGGACAGCAAAACUCUGUAACAAUGGGGGAAACUUAGAAUAUUCACCACUGAUGUGUGUAGUUCUCGGGUUAAAUAUCUGCUUCACGAAAUGUGAAACCAGGCUUUCUGCCUCAACUUGCAUCGUUUCAGUUGUUACAGAAGUUGUCAUACGUACCAACUCGUAGUCAAGUGUGUGUGAUUUGUUAACCUAAGUCAGACAACCCAACAACUUUUGUUUUUUUUUUUAAUCAAAUCAUUACUGUAAGUUUUUAAUUUUCACAGGUACCUCUUUCUGUACAUUUGACUUUGCAGUAAUAUACGUUUUUGUGGAAUUCUUGGAUCAUGUAGUCAACUCCAUUUGUGAGAUAAAUACAUUUAAUGAGA